ACGGUCCUUCCCAUCUGUUCGGCUCAGUUGUAACACUGAUUGAAACAGAUUGUGGCGCUCCCUGGGUCGCAAUGGCAACUACCCCAACGGGGCGGCAGCGGCAACUUUUUCUGCGUUUGUAAUGUCGCGGGAGCUCAGCGGGUCGCCGAGGAAACAACUUUCUGAUGUGAGAAACCAAUGUGACGCAGCGCUACUGGCACCAAAAUGACACCGGGAUGUGGAGUUUCGGUGGAGGAGAUCCAGUCUUGGUGGGAAGUCCCCGCCAUUGCCCACUUCUGCUCGCUGUUCAGGACGGCGUUCCACCUUCCAGACUUCGAGAUCGAGGAGCUGGAGAAAGCUGUGUCCGAACAGGACUUGGACUUUCUUGGGGACCUCGUCACCUGUCUGUUGCAGGGAUGCUACCAGCGCACUGACAUCACCCCCCAGACCUUUGGCGGUUACCUGGACGACAUCAUCAGCUACCGCUGGGAGCUGGAGGAGGGGAAGCCCAACCCACUCCGGGAGGGGCCCUUCGAGAGCCUCCUGCCUCGCACUCAGGUGGAGCUGCUGCAUCGUCUCUGCGACUACCGGCUGGAUGCUGCCGAUGUUUUUGACCUGCUUAAGGGUCUAGAUGCAGACAGCCUGAGGGUGGAACCCCUGGGGCAGGACGGGGAUGGAGCCCUCUACUGGUAUUUUUAUGGCACCCGUAUGUACAAGGAGGAACCUGUGCAAAGGGAAUCUGAUCUCUCAAUGCCUGAGAGAAAGAAAAGGGGGAGACCCCCCAAAAAGAGAAAGUUUGAAGACGCUCAUUUAAGUGAGACAGAGAGUGAAGAUGCAGACGACAAGUCAGAAAAUGGGCUGGAUGACUUUCCACCGAGUCCAGCUCGUGAAAGAGGCGCUUGGUCCCUGGUGUGCGAUACGGAGGAGCAGUGGAUCAAGCUGGCCGACAGCAUCAAGGACAAAACAUCCCCGCAGGACCGACACCUCUACCGCGUCAUCAGCCAAAACUUCCUGCCCGAGAUCCGCAGCAUGAUCGAGCACAAGGAACAGGAGCUGAAGCAGAAACUGCUGGAUCCGCCUCCAGUCCGCAUAUCGCAGCGUUUCUCUGAAAUUCACUUCAAACGGGAGGAGGAGGGUCCUGGGGUCAUCUCUGACGAGAGGAAGAAAGACGAAGAGCUGGACAGGCAGGUCAUGCUGGCCGAGCAGCGGCGAGAGGAGGAGAGGAUUCUCCAGGAGGAACGUCAGAGGGAAAAGCUGGAGAAGAUCAAAGCCGUGGAGGAUCGAGCAAAGAGGCGGAAGAUGCGAGAGGAAAAGGCCUGGUUGCUCUCUCAGGGCAAAGAGCUGCCGCCUGAACUCCUGAACCUGGAGCCAUCUUCACCGAUCGCCAGGACAUGCAGGAAUAAAGAAUUCUACGACAUUGACGACGACUACACUGCUCUUUACAAAGUGCUCGAGGCCCUAAAAGCUCAUAAGGAUGCUUGGCCUUUCUUGGAGCCUGUUGACGACUCCUAUGCCCCCAAUUACCAUGAGAUCAUCCAGACUCCCAUGGACCUGUCCACCAUUGAGAGGAAGCUCAACGAUGGGAAAUAUGUUGCCAAAGAGGAGUUUGUGGCCGAUGUGAAGCUCAUGUUUGAAAACUGCGUUGAAUACAACGGAGAUGACAGCGAGUACACCAUCAUGGCGGAGUCCCUGGAGCGGUGUUUUAGCCGCGCCCUAUUGAAACACUUUCCCUCGGAAGACUGCGACACGGAUGAAGAAUUCCACGUCAGCCGAGAGGAAAAAGAGCGCAAGGACAAGAAACGAAACCGCAGCAAUAAACACUCUGGACCCGAGAGUUUGAUCAGAGCGACGGAGCAAGUCCAACGGAAGAGAAAUUUCCCCGGGGGCAAAGGCAACGGCCCUGCCGAGGAAGAAAACCACAGGAGAGCUAACGGUCCCGGCUACCCUCUCAGCCAGCUUCCCCAGCAGCACCCAAGAGGCAUGUACCACCCCGGGCAACAGUUUCACCACCAUCCAGCUGGUCCUCACGGACCUCACAUGUAUGGCCAAAGAAUGACGAUGGAUCCUCGUUUCACAUACCCGGUUCAUAUUCCCAGACAUGGAGACCCCAACUUGAGCCACAUGUCUCAAAGCUUUAACAUGCAGCAUCAUAUGGGUCCUAGGUAUUCUAUGGGCCCAAACCCUAAUCAGCAGCAACACUCUUACAUGGGGCCGGCGUCAUUGGGUCCGCGACCUAUUGCCCUUCAACCUGGACCCCCUCCUGAAGCCAGCAUGUAUCCGUCCCACCACUAUCCAGAGGGCCACCCCAUGCAUCCUAUGGGCAACAGGUUAUCGGGUCCUGAAGGACCGUCUCAGCACAGCUUCUCCGGUUUGAGGCCUUCCGGAAUGGGCAUGCCAAACAUGUGGCCUGCUCGCAAUCACCAGGGCCCAGACAGACUGAACGGCAUUGGGAUGCAGGAUCCCAACCUGGGGAACCAACGCAAUUUCGCCUACGGUGGAAUCCCCCCUCCAGCUGGGCCCAAACCGUGGCCUGAAGCCGCUGGAUACCCUCAUCCCUCUUCCAGCGCUCAGUAUCAAAUGUCUGGAGCAGCCGGCUCUUUGGGACCCAUGUCCUCACACCCCCCCGUCCCCCAUCCAGACCCUUCUGGCCGGACUCGCCUGUCGUCUAUGCUGGAAAGCCCAGAGAUGCUGGCUAUGCAGCAGCUGUCAGCCUCCUCUGGACCCCCUGCUGGUGCCCCUCCUCAGCACAGAGGCAACUUUCAGCAGCCAGGGCCCCCAUCAGGAGUUGGCAGCAUCCCAGCAAAACAGCCCCCCCCUACCCCUGAGGUUCAGCUGCUGCACCCAGCCAGAAACAAAGGGCCAGACAGCCACCCUGCUCAACCGACAGACGUGGACCCCAAAGAUCCGUCGCUGGAGGGAAACAUGACGGCCAACAUCAUCUUUGAAAAUGGUUCAUUGCAGAAAAACUCCUAUUCCAUCAAUCAAGAGCGCCCGCUCAUGCUCAGCGCCACACACUGUGGAGUUCGCAGUCCGCCGAACGCAAACCCGAGCAGGUCAAAGGAGGAGUCCUCCAGGCUGGGACUCGCACAAAUCUCACCUGAGAGGUGCAGGCAGAAAGUGGACGGCCACUUUCCCACGCAAAGCAGGGGGGCUGCUUCUUCUGGUCCAAGCAGCACAAGCUCCAAUGAGCUCCCUGAUGGUCUGCAGGGGAGCCCACACCCAGAGGCUCCCAGUCCCGCAGAUCUUCCACAAAACCCGCCGCCAGUCCACGUUACUCUGGCCCAAAUACCAGACCACAAGGAGGAUGCACGCCUGCAGAGUGAGCUUCAAGGGACGAUUCAGAAAGCUCGUGCAGCUCAGAGUGUUCUGCCCCAAAGCCACUUUGAAAGCUCCGCCCAGCAAAUCACGCAGAAUACGGAGCAACCCAAGUCCCUGGUGCCUUCUCAUCACAUGCCCCAAAGAAUCUCUCCACAGUGCCCCACGGAGAGCAGCCCCAUGCAUGGGAUGCCCCAGACGAACACACAAACCACCCCUUCUGCCCCACCCCAACCUGUGCCUCUCACUUCUUUGCCCCCAAGUCACCCAACUCCCCAAUUACCCUCCCAGCCAAGUCCAGCAGACCACGGAAAUCAAAGGCCCAGUGAGCCCACCAGCAGGCCACACACAGGGGCCGCUGGCGUGUCUCCACACCACGCCGCGGUGACAGCCGGGCCGCCAGCCGGUGUUUACAAACACCAUGCUUUCAGCCCAAACCACAACCAGAUGGUGGGUGGGAGCAUGGGAAUGCAGACUCCCCAUGAUCCCAAUCCAGCCAUGCCCCCACCCUCCCACUGUCCGGCCAGCGACGCCGUGGGCCAGUUUGGUGUGGGGAGCCCCUCACAUCCGCACUAUAACCAGGCAAACAUGGGCAGGUCGGUGCCGCCAUCCACCCACCCAUAUCACAGCCAAAUAAAUGCCCUCUACAGCCCUCCGCCCCACCCAAACUACCACCAGCACGCCGGGGCGGCCUACUACAAUGUGCCUUCCCAGCAGCACCCCAAUCCUCAUGGCAGUCUGUAUCCGCCACACCAGUACCAACAGGAAAACUAUCUGCCCCACCCCCAAGCUCAGCCCCACAGCCACCUCAAUGGCAGAAGAGGCUACCCCCCCAAGGACUGGCAUCCAUCUUUUUAUCAACCCCAGCAGCCGAUCCCACCCAGCGCCUACCUGCCCGGUGCCAGCGCCAGAGGGGGCGGUCAGCUGAAGGAGAGCAGCAUGUCUCCGCUCGGUUCUGAGGGCUCCGGUGGAGCCGCCAUGCUGUCACCCGGUCACGUGACGGACGCAGGACCGCAUUCUGGAGGCACCGAUGAAGGCAAGUGCGAAAGCGGGGGUCUCUCUGGUGCGGGCAGUGGCAGCAAUCCACCAAGACGAGCCCAGAACGAGAGCUCGGAGCAACCCGAGAGUCCAAAAGAGAUUUUGGACCUGGACAGUCACAACGCGCUGGCUCGCCAUCGCAGCAUCCAGCCGCUUCAGCAGCAGCAUCCGCCCGCUCCAGGCGUACGUCUGUCUCCUGGGUUCAUGUACGACCCCCGAUCCCUACACCCAGGGAUGCAGCAAGGAGGGGUCCCCCCCUCCUGCGACGGUAGAAACUCUUAUCCCGGCCAGCCGUACCCGGACCCCGGGCGCUUUGCUGCGCAGAGACCCCUCCCACAUCUGAUGGAGGCUCUGCAGCGGCCGCAGCAUCUGCCCUACUCCCCGGGCCAGACGCGCAUGGCCAUGUACAGACACGUCAGGCCUGGGGGGCACUUCCAGGGAUUGAUGGUUCAACAGAGAGGACAAGGACCGGAGCGCUUCCUGCACCCAGGACAACAGAUGAUGACUGCUCCAGGCAGCCCCAGAAGUAAACAGGUGUUGUGAAGGAAAACAUCAGAAUAACUCGUGAAUCUUCCUGGAAAUGCAAAGAGCUGUUCUGACUGGAUGACUUCGAUGAAAGCACCUGGCCGCUGGUCUAAGACGACAGGUGAAAUGUGAGAAUCAGAUGAGCCGGCGUCUCCCAAUCCUGCCUCCAGACUCCACGGCGGGAAGCUCUGUGGAUCCCAAGGGAAUUCAACCCACACCUCUGUCGCUUGACGACACGAGGACACUUCCAACUAUCGUAACCACUAGGUCAACCUUUCGAGCGCAGGAAGACGCCGCCUUUGCAAACACUGGACCGCCUAUGGAUGUAGGAACAUUUUUGAAACGGAACAGAGCUACUGACUAAACUGUGACCAAGAAGAAAGGGACUGCUGGUUUUAUUCCACCGUAUCUUGUAAACUCAGGUGUAGAAAAGGAGGUACAACGAGACCCAAUCAGCUCCUUACGGUUGCCUUUGUUUUUUUUUUUCAUUCCUUUCUGAAUGUAUGAGUGAAUGUGUAGACAAUGCAGCACAACACUGAUCUGAGGAAUGAAGCAUUCAAGCUCACUGACUCUGCACCCCAACUCUAAAAACAUUAUUUUUAAAAAGCAGAAUAUGCAUCUUUCUGAGCUGCCUUCUCUUUGAAGAAUGUCCUGGCAGGGAGGGGAUGAUGGUCUAAAUGAACCACAAUCUCUGCUAUGCACUACUGAUUCUAUCAUUUUAGUCCUACUAAAGCUGAGUGGCCUUGGCUAGCUCCACGUUAGCCGUCCUAUCUCAACGCAGAAAUGUGUGAAAGGGUAAAGUUUGUGGGGUUACGACUCCCACACCGCUGAGAUUUCCCAGCAAUCGUCUCAGAUUUACGUUUUCACGCCUCGGUACGGAGAACAGAACAUCGUCUUUCCCCUCUGGUGUUUCUUUAGGUCCGUCUUCCACGUCGUUGAAUGUCUGCUCCUAAUGUCAAUACUAAAGUUAUCCUCAGGGUGUACAGAUUAUAAAUAUACGGGUAUUGUUGUAAAAAAAAUGAUUUAAAGGUGCGGCUGAGCGAGGAUGAUCGGACUGCUUUUGACUCUGUACAUAAAAUGGAUUAACUGGAAAAAUGAAACCUCCUGAUUUGUUUUUGUAAUCCCAUUCCCACCAGAAAUCUUUUGUAAAAGUUGCAUCCUUGUAGAAGCUGUUCUUUCAACAAAACUGGUGAUCUACUUUAAUAUUUUUUAGGUUUAGCAGCAGCAAAAAGAAUGAAAAACAUGAAUCUACCUCACAUAGCCACUCUGUGGCUUCUUUAGAGUCCUUCUGCCUUUUCUUCAGUCUGUCAAGCUGCAGAAGGCUCAACGUUUAGGAUUUAAGCAGCAUUCGUGAGACAUAAAGGUAAUAGGGAAUAGUUUUAGGGUACUUGAAAAGCUUCUGGGGAGGGGUGCAGCUGUGGUGCUGACUGACCAGCUUGUUAAAAUCGGCCUUUUUCCCCUUAAAGUUGUGCUUCAGAUCUCAAAAUCUUUUUUUUUUUAAAUAUAUUUGAAAUGGAAUUUGCUAUUAAUCAGAUGCCCACCGGUUUAUGGAAGCAGGAAGGUCCGUCUGGGGUCUGCAUCGACUCAAAACAGCCUGCACACCCACUCAGCAGUUACCCUAUAGGUUUAGAAAUGAAUUGUAAGGAUAUUCUUAAAAAUAUGAUUUUAGAGGCUGAGAGACAAUUUUGUACAUUUCUGUUUUUAUUAAAUAGAAAACUUGAGUGACUCAAAUGGAGCCACAGAGGAGGUAGUCUUCAUUUUUGCUGGUAUAUGUAUGAAGGGCAGCGGUGUCCUUUAAAAAAAAAAAAAAAAAAUCAGAUUGGGAUUUCAGUCUAUUGUACACACAACUGUUUUUAUGUACAAGUGUGUUGAUGUUGUGUAGAAUGGACAGCUGAAGGCCGUCAAAGAGGAUUCGGGUCUUUUCUCUGCUGUUGUCUCUGCUGCACUAGUGAAAACCAUUUAGACGUGAAUAAAUGUGAAUCAUAUUUAUUUGUUUUGUUUUCAGGAAUUUUUGUAAAAAAUUUUUUAGACUUGUCUUAAUAUAAAUGUGGCGUCUCGCUCUCUCUUUUUUUCCCCUUUUUUAAGUGGCUGCCCUUUACCUCAGUAGCAUGGUGACAUUGAGAGGGGGAGGCGGGGCUUAAUUUUGUUUACAUGUUCUUAUCUGACAGAUUAUUUUCCAAUCGGAAUGGAGUAUUUUCUAUACUGUAUUAGAAAUAAAUCAUUUUUCCUGAACAGUG